AACAAUUUGUGUUUUAGCUUUCUCCAGGCAGAGCAAAUCAUUUAAAGCAUGGGAUAUGAAAAAAAACAAACUUCAGCCAAUGUUUUAAUCUCAUCUGGAAAUCUACAGAAAUUUCCUGCAUUGUUUUUGACUACAACUUUUUACUAAAUGUUCAGUUGGUAAAAUUGAAGUUCUUUUACUCAGAAGGACUAAAUCAAGAAUCUGAGACUUGUGUGCUUCCAAGCUUCUGUGGAUGGCUCUCGCUCUCUUGACCACACUUCUGAGUAAAAUGUCACUGAGAUCCCUCAAAUGGAGCCUCCUGCUGCUGUCUCUCCUGAGUUUCCUAGUGAUGUGGUACCUCAGUCUCCCCCACUACAAUGUGAUAGAACGGGUAAACUGGAUGUACUUCUAUGAGUAUGAGCCAAUUUAUAGACAAGACUUCCACUUCACACUUCGGGAGCAUUCAAAUUGUUCUCAUCAGAACCCCUUUCUUGUCAUCCUGGUGACCUCACACCCCUCAGAUGUGAAAGCCAGACAGGCGAUUAGAGUCACUUGGGGUGAGAAAAAGUCUUGGUGGGGAUAUGAGGUUCUUACAUUUUUCUUAUUAGGCCAGCAGGCUGAAAAGGAGGACAAAGUGUUAGCUUUGUCCUUAGAGGAUGAACAUCAACUUUAUGGAGACAUAAUACGACAAGAUUUUUUAGACACCUACAAUAACCUGACCCUGAAAACUAUUAUGGCUUUCCGGUGGGUCAGUGAAUUUUGCCCCAAUGCCAAGUACGUCAUGAAGACAGAUACUGAUGUUUUCAUCAAUACUGGCAAUUUAGUGAAGUAUCUUUUAAAUUUAAAUCACUCAGAAAAGUUUUUCACAGGUUAUCCUCUAAUUGAUAAUUAUUCCUAUAGAGGAUUUUAUCAGAAAACCCAUAUUUCAUACCAGGAGUAUCCCUUCAAGGUGUUCCCUCCCUACUGCAGUGGGUUGGGUUAUAUAAUGUCCAGAGAUUUGGUCCCAAAAAUCUAUGAGAUGAUGAGUCAUGUCAAACCCAUCAAGUUCGAAGAUGUUUAUGUUGGGAUCUGUUUGAAUUUGUUGAAAGUGGACAUUCACAUUCCAGAAGACACAAACCUCUUCUUUUUAUAUAGGAUCCAUUUGGAUGUCUGUCAGCUCAGACGUGUGAUUGCAGCUCAUGGCUUUUCUUCUAAGGAAAUUAUCACAUUUUGGCAGGUUAUGCUAAGGAAUACCACAUGCCAUUAUUAAUUGAAUGUUCUACCUAAAGCAUAGAGAAGGGCAGGAUACUUUGUGAAGAGUAUGAAAGGUACCAUAAAAUUUCCAAAGGAAAACUACUUGGGUGAUCACUCUAUUGGUUUACUGAAACUCAUAGAGAACCUAUAGACUGGAGACAUUUUCUUCGUAAUUUGACAAAAAUCAAGCCAGGCUUUAAAAAAAGUGAUACACAUAUCAAUGAACUUAAAUUAAUUGGAGAUUUUUAUUAAUAAAACUGAACAAAAUAAGACCAAUUUUAUGUCAUUAUACAGACCAUAACUUCUUAAAAGGUUUUCCUUAACCGAUUAAGUUUGUUAGUUCAUAUAACAAUGUGGAAUUUUAAUCAUGGAACAACCUAAUGAGCUGAGGGUUUUUGGGUUUUUUUUUGUAUAUAUCACAUGGAUCACCAGUUUUUAAAAAUACAGUGUUUUGUGUACACAAUUGUAACUAAAAUUAUACCAAAAAUCUUUCAUCUGUUUUUGGUCAUUUUAAAGGUACUUUAAAAAUGUUUCAGUAUUUCACAAUUAUCUAUUGUUAUUUAAUAUUACUUAGAACUUUCUGAGUGUUUGAAUAUACAGUUGUUUCAAUACUCUAUACAUAGAAUAAUGAGUCACAUUUCAUUUGAACUUUUUUCCAGUUACAUCACUGAUGGAUUUAUUAUUGAUAGCUCUGUUCAUGUAAAGUCAUUGGUCAUUAUUGUGCUUCAAUAAUGUCUUGAACUCUGAUAAAUAUUACUGUGGUAAUGUAGAGAAGAAUUAAAGUAAGAAAUUCUAAAUUAUUGUCUUGUUUUGAAAAAUAUAAAUCCCAGAAUUUUUCUA